AGGAGGGAAUACUUCCGAAGAACCAAGAGAAAGCUCAGGCUCCCUCCACAACAUCCUCGGCGCGGGGGCUCCUGGCCGCCGCCAGGGGGCGGGCUCCGGCCUCCCGCCCCGGCCGACCCAGCAGCAGGGUCCUGGCGCUCGGAGCGCGGACUUGCGGCUGCGCCGCGGGCAGGCAGCUCGGUCGGCCGGUUGGGAGGCGGGAGACCGGCGGCCUCGGCGGGGACACGCGGCUCGGCCGGCCAGCGGCGGCGGCGCCGGUAGGGGGCGCUGCGUGGCCGGGCGGACGCGGCGCGGAGGAAGUGCGGUCUUCGCGGCCACGCGCGGGGCCGCGAUGUCGUCCCGGCCCGGGCGCGAUGGCGCGGGGGCCGGGGACGCGCGGCGGCCGCGGGAGGCCCUGGAGCAAGAGCUGCAGCGGCGCCGGGAGCAGAAGCGGCGGCGCCACGACGCGCAGCAGCUGCAGCAGCUCAAGCACCUGGAGUCCUUUUAUGAGAAGCCUCCUCCUGGGCUUAUCAAGGAAGAUGAGACUAAGCCAGAAGACUGUAUACCAGAUGUCCCAGGCAAUGAACACGCCAGGGAAUUUCUGGCCCACGCACCAACCAAAGGACUUUGGAUGCCACUGGGGAAAGAAGUCAAAGUCAUGCAGUGUUGGCGCUGUAAACGGUAUGGUCACCGAACGGGCGACAAAGAAUGCCCCUUUUUUAUCAAAGGCAACCAAAAGUUAGAACAGUUCAGAGUAGCACAUGAAGAUCCCAUGUAUGACAUCAUACGAGAGAAUAAAAGACAUGAAAAGGAUGUAAGGAUACAACAGUUAAAACAGUUACUGGAGGAUUCAACAUCAGAUGAAGAUGGGAGCAGCUCCAGUUCCUCAGAAUGUAAAGAGAAACACAAGAAAAAAAAGAAGAAAGAAAAGCAUAAGAAAAAGAAGAAAGAAAAGAAAAAGAAGAAAAAACGAAAGCAUAAGUCUUCCAAGUCAAAUGAAAGUUCAGACUCAGAAUGACAAGAGCUUGACUUGUUGAACAUUGUCUUCUCAAAAUCAAACACUGUGGCCAAAGAUCAGAAGAAUGUGGAGGAAUGUGAAAUCGGAGAGGAAUAGGAGAGAGAGACACCAAGAGAGGAGGAGGUUUGGUGUCACAGGUGCAAAUUCUGACCUACCUUCCAGUAAAGAUGUGACCCUCAGGAGAGUGAGUUGUAUCUUGCCAG